AUGGUAUCCUUGACAGACGUGCAACGCUCCAAUGCAAACAUCGCAAACGCUCUCCCGUCUGGCCUAGUCGCCGUCUUCGUAGGCGCAACCAGCGGCAUCGGUGAAGCUUCAUUGAUUGAAUUCGCCCGGUCCGCACGGUCUCCACGUGCAUACUUCAUCGGACGCUCUCAAGAAGCUGCAGCGCGCAUCACAGCAGAAUGUCGACAGUUGAAUCCCGAAGGAGAAUUCAUCUUCAUCAAGGCGGAUGUCAGUCUCAUUCGAAAUGUUGAUGACGUUUGUCGAGAACUUAAGAACAAAGAGAAAGCGAUCGAUUUGCUGUUCUUAUCAUGUGGAACUCUUCGUCCGGGAGAAGAUACAUCGGAGGGCAUCUACCUCAUGACCGCGACCAUGUACUAUGCUCGCGUCAGGUUCAUUCUGAAUCUUUUGCCCUUGCUGAAGCAAUCAACCAGCCUCCGGCGAGUCGUCACCGUGUUAGCCGGUGGACACGAAGGCCCCGUCGACGCUACCGAUUUCCAAGGAAGGAAUAUGUCGAUGCUCAAGCUGCGCGGGCAUGGUGUAUCACUGACCGAUCUGGCGUUGGAAAAACUGGCCGAGCAAGCGCCGGAAGUGAGCUUUGUCCACGACUAUCCAGGUGCAGUGAAGACGGGGAUUGGUCGUGAUCCAACUACUCUUUUUGCGCGAAUCAUGAAUUUCGUGCUCAUGAUCAUCGGGCCUUUGCUUUUCAUUCCCAACGUGGAGUCCGGGGAGAGACACCUGUUCUUCGCGACCAGUGCGAAGUAUCCCCCUCGUGCAGCCGCUGACACAGCUGCUGCUGUUCCGCUAGUGAAUGGCGUUGAUGUUGCGCAAGGCACGGAUGGUAAGGUUGGCAGUGGCGUCUACAGUAUUCAUUGGAAUGGAGAGCAUGCUGGCCCGAAGAGUGUUGCAACGUUGGCUGGGCUUCGGGGGCAGGGAAUGGCUCAGAAGAUUUGGGAACACACUGUUGGUGAGUUCAAGCGAAUUACUGGCUCGGAGGUGGCGUGA